AUGAUUUCACUUUAUUUCGCUUCAGCUAUGCUGGUCCAUACGCUUUUCAUGAUUGCAUCUCAUUCGCCAUCUUCCUUGGCGUUUCACUCUGACAUCACCUCACCAUACGAUCAAGUCUGUCAAGCCCACUCUACGGUCUUUCAAGACAUUCUAGAAUACGAUAACUCGACCAAGAAGUUGUCUAAAAACUCUUUAAAUUUCUCCAAUCUAAGCUAUAACUCUGAUCACGAACUAAAGCCCGAUUCGGCAUAUCCUAUACAAUCUGAAAGAUAUGGAUUCCAUCGAGACUCAUGUUAUCCACAUCCCACUGAUCAGAAACAAGAACCAGUUUGUAUAUAUCUUAAUCCUAAUUUCGAUCAAGGUCAGGGUAUCGUGUUCAUAACUCGAAUACCGGUUUUUGAAGAAGGUUUAGAACAGUUUACUUCUUUUCGCUCUACAUCUGGAUCAAAGCGCCACAAUCGACAUGAACUACCCUUCAAGGUGAUUGAUAUGGCUCACAAAGGUGGAAAAGGUGCUAUAUCCAAUAGAAAAUUACAUUUGGGAGAUUCAGUGAUCACAAGUCAUCCAGUCGUAGUCAUGGCUGCUGAACCUGAAAGUCUGAAUAGAUCAGAUUGGGUCAAGAUAAGAAAGCGUGGAAUUAAUUUGUUACCGUCGAGAACAAGGGAUGAAAUCUUCAAGUUACAUGGAGUUGGAGAAAAUGAGGAAGAUUUGGCGGGUUCUAUCCUUGAAAGGAAUUCAUUCGAGACUCGAUUUGGGAAUCAAUCAAACUUACAUUUUGCAUUAGUCCUUACACCCUCCGUGGCGUUCUACUUCGAUGAUCAUGCACUUCAAGUCUCGAUGCAUGCAAUCCGAGAUAUUUCUCCAGGUGAAGAAUUGACAAUAUCUUAUCGAGAUAUGAAGCUACCUCGUCUUGAAAGACAACAAGAACUCGAAGAUUACGGUUUCAACUGUACUUGUUCACUUUGCUCUUUACCAGAUUUGCCAGCUCGACUGUCAGAUGAUAGAAUCUACGAGAUGGGUGAACUCGAUGGUAUUCUUCAGGAUUGGUCCAUUCAUUCUUCUGCUACUCCAGCCACGUCAGAAAGAUUAAUAACUUUGUUUAAAUUGGUCAGUCUUUCCACUCGAAGCUUUUGGUUCAGUACUCUGUAUCACUUUGAUUCUAACUUUCUUCUUGUUUGGUUUUCUCUUGACAAGGAAAGAAUGGAUAAUGGAAUAGAAGAAGGUUACACAUUAGCCUCACUGAGUUAUAACUCCGUGGGAGAUGUCGAAAGAGCUAAGAUGUACGCCUCUCUAGCUCUAGCUUAUGGCACUGUCUCAUCAGGUCCGAAGUGGGAAGACUUUGAUUCUGUCUUGCAGUUGGAGCAAGAGCCUGAACAACAUUGGUCUUACAAAAAGCGUCUUUAA